CAGUUCUACUGGAAGAGGUGUUGCAGGUACUGGAAGUACACCCAACAGUGUAGCAUCUAAAGGUGGAUCUGGCGGAUUUGGUGGCUCACCUCCACCUGCUUAUGCUGCCACAAGAAGUAAGGAUGGAUACAAAUCAUAUGUUACUGACAAAAUCUUUAGGUUCUUAUACAAACUAUGCCCCAGCUUAUGGAGGCGGAUAUACAUCCACUGGACGUUAUGGUUAUGUAGGACGAUACAAUCCAGUUUUUCCUUAUUUCUUUAUUAUGCCACCCUUCUUAUUUUUGGGCUAUCAUACUGCCUAUCAUCGCUACAAUUCAGAGACUGGUUAUUAUUAUGCACCUCAGUUAACUGAGCAAGGCAGCAGCACACAGAAUGUGAUCAUCAAUGGCACAGCUAAUUCUGGCAAAGAUGAAAAUUACCAUUAUACGUUUAAUAUCAGUACAAACAACCAAUUUCCUAUGGUGGAUCAUGCCUUUUUUUCUACUUCAGACCAAAGUGCUCCUAUCUCUGAUUUUGUCUAUCGUCUCCAGUUUACUCAAUUGGUUGAAUUUGAAGAUACAAACCAGAACGGCUUUUAUGAUCCUAAUGAACAGAUUUACUCAGUAUCUUCUCUGCGUAAUUUAGCAUGGCAACCCUUCCAAGUGUCGAAUAUAACAGUACCCAAUAAUGCUACUCAAUUUUAUUUGCAGACCAGUACAUUUGCCAAUGUUACUUAUAACAAUACAAGCCCAUUCUUUACUGUCCGCAUUACUUACCGUACCAGUAAUAUUCAAUUGAACAAUACAGCACCUAUUGUGAUGCAGCCCAACUCUUUAGAAUAUGAUUUUGCUAUUGAAGGAUUUCCCAAUACACGCCCUAAUGCUCGUUUGGCUGUUGCUCAAUUGGUCUCUACUCCUUCUGAUGUGCCUAUCAAUUUCGAUGUGAACAUGACAACACCUGUCGAUGUAGCUAACCAAAUCAAGACAAACAUGACUUAUGGUCUCUCUAUCGGCGAUUACACAGAAGGAAGACUAGAAUACCAAAAUACAGUCAAUAUUUCAGAUGUAUCAACAAUCAGCAAUGACUUGAAUCCUCAGACAUUGGCUUCUAUUCCAACCUAUACUGAAGAUGACUGGAUUUGGGGAUCCAAUGCUUCUGCUGCUAAUCGAAACAAUAAGCUCUUGUUUGUGACUAUGCCUUUUAAUGGCUCUGGAAGUGCUUCCUUCUCUGGUUUUGGGUUUUUAGAUACAGAUGUUAUGAGUGCUAUGGCUGCAAGUGCUGGUCAUCGUCUUGUACAAUCCAGUGCCCAUCUCCUGCUUGUUUUGAGUGUCGCUGCUUAUUUAUUUCUUUAAAUAGAAUGUUGCACACAGCCACAUCUCUGAUUACGUCAUGGUCAAGACAAACACAUCCCAUUUUAAGAGCAGAUAUUAAGCCAGUUUAAUAGUAAUGUCGACAUUUUGAAAAAAAAAAAAAAAAAAGACGCAUCAGGAAGUGUGAUGCUUUUUGUUAUAUUGAUAUAUUUAUCUAAGCUGUGUAGUGAAAUGAGAGUUGGACGAGAUUGAGCGUUCAGAAGUGAGAAUUAAAAUAUCAUUUAGAUGGCUAAGACAAGAUUUGAAAAAAUCCCUUUGUUCGUGAGGAUCAUCCAAGUAGGCAUUGAAUGCUGCUUUCACAUUCUCAGAACCAUCAGAAACAAGCUGAGAACUUAGACCAGAACUAGUUUCUGUAGGUUGUUCAGCAGCAAUUUGAACCCUUUGAGCU